AUGGCGCGAAAAAAUAACAAAAAUGAGAAUUCGGAAGAAAAACGACAAAUCGCGUUUGCGGAGAUUCAUAAAAAGAUGUGUCAUGUUCGAAAUAAGCAGGAUACGGUGAAUGAGGCGCUCGAGCAAUUGCAGAAGUUUGUUGAGAAGGAUACGAAUUUGUUGAUUGCGAAAAAUAAGGUGAAAUCGAUAAAUUUGCAUUCGAAUCUAUUGAAAACGUCCGAAUCUCAUUGCGAAUAUCUCAGAAAAUUGCUGCACGAAAUCGAGCGUCUCCGAAACGCCGACUACAAAUCGAAAAUGCGCGGCGAGAUCAAACGACGCGAUCUGAUGGAGUUGAUUCAAUCGCAGGGCGAGACGCUGCCGUUGUGGAUCAACGUCGUCGACGGAUUUCCGGGCGAAGGCGUCGGCGCGAUCGCGAUCACCGAUUGCUCGAAAAUGGUGCCCGGCGACGCGGUCGCCGCCUAUUCCGGCGACAAUUGGAUACUCGCCGAGAUAGUUUCAUGUCAAGGCAACGGAAAAUACGAGUGUCGCGACGUCGACGACGAGCAGAAAAAGGUGUCGAUAUUUUCGCGCCAAAAAUUGGCGUCGUUGCCAAAAUGGCGAGCGGAUCCGAAGCACGACAAACACGCGCUAUUCCCGCCGGACGCCAUCGUUUUGGCGCUUUAUCCCCAAACCACGUGUUUCUAUAAAGGUGUCGUCCAUUCGACGCCGUCGACCGCCACCGAUUCAUAUCAAAUCGCGUUCGACGACGCUUCGUAUCCGUGCGGAUACUCGCCGCCAAUGUCGAUUCCGCAACGAUAUGUGAUAAGCUAUCGAGAAGUUCGCGGCGGGAGACGAAAAGACGACGACGAUGAAUGA